AUGACACAGGGAAACAUGGCAGCUUCCGACGCUAACGGUUUGCUCAUCUCAGCGUCUCUCGCUGGCAUUUUAAAUGAGAAACUCUGCCCUGAACACUUGCAACUGUUGAAAACGUUUACAAAUGCGCUGCGGGAGGCGGAAUACAGGGAUGCAGUGGAGGAAGAGGCGUUCUCCAAUGUUCUGAAGGUCCUCAGCAGGUUGCUUGAAGACCUGCAGGACAGAAGAAGUGAGGACCUGCAGACUUUUUCCCUGCAGCUCCAGAUGACUGCUGAGUGCUUCAGAUCCCAGAGAAACUCUUGUGUGCAGAGUCCACGCAACCAAAGGCUGCUCAGGCAACUUGGUUUUGUUGAUGUUUCCCUCAAACUCUUGAGUUACCUUCAGACCAUGAAUUUGGGAAGCGAAGACGUCAUAUAUGAGCCUCUUCGUUGUGGGAUCCAGUUUCUUGGAAACUUGGCUGUUGGAAACCCGAUGGGUAAAGAUGAAAUUUGGCGUCUGAGCUUCCCUGAUCUUUUCCUGCAGCUGCUCAGUUUCGAUGAUGACAAAGUGCUAAACUACACCUCUAUGGUUCUUCACUCGUGUCUGGAUGAAACCAAAGUGGAAGAUCUAUCGAACCCACAAAACAUCAAGCUGCCGCUCAAAGUGAUGGAGCUGUGCAGGACCCAGCCGGACCUGGACUGGACGGUUCUCAUUGCCACCCAGCAUUUCCUCAAGUCUUCAUCUCUUGUGGAGAGCAUGUAUUCUGGGAUGUCCCAUCAUGAAAGAGUAACUCUGCUGGAGCUGCUUAACGCUCAGCUACGAGAGGAGGGCUCAGAGGGAUGUGGCGUCCCCCCCGGUGUGGCUCGUUUCCUGGCCAGUUCCUUCCAGAUGGGAUGUGGAUCUGUUCUAACACUGGCUACGGGUUCCGCUUCCAGUGACGAGGUCCUGCAGGGGGCGCUGACGGUGAUCAGUCUGCUGGACGUGCUGUGUGAGAUGACCUCAGACCACAAGCAGUUUAUGUUCCUGCAGGACCAUCCUGACCUUCUAGUUUGCACAGUUGAGCUCCUGUCGCAGGUGCACGCAGUAGGGAAAGCCAGUAAGAACAUUUUCAGCGCCACUCAGAACUUCUCCUUCACUCACGACGCAGACCCUUCCUCACAUUCCCCUGUGGUCAGCUUUAAGGCUCAUCUCAUCAGACUGAUAGGAAACCUCUGCCACAGCAACGCCAACAACCAGAAUAAGGUGAGAGAGCUCGAAGGCAUCCCGCUCGUCUUGGACAACUGCAACAUAGACAGCAGCAACCCUUUUAUCAGCCAGUGGGCCAUCUUCGCCGUCAGGAACCUCCUGGAAAACAACCUGCAGAACCAGGAGCUGGUCGCCGGCCUGGAGCGGCGCGGCCCGGCGGACUACUCUGCACUCAGGGAGUUGGGUUUCCUGGUAGAGGAGCGCGACGGAAGCCUGCUGCUCAAACCUGUGAGGAAAGACACCUAAAGACCGAAACUAAAGAAGGUUCUUAACCCUCAAGCUACUGGUUCUCUUUUGCCAAGUACCGGUAGUUAAAGUUCUCC